AUGGUCGUGAAAGAAUUCCACGACAGGCGACCUCGACGAGGCAGCAAGGACUUCAGCCGCGUCUUCAGUCAGAUGUCCAAGGUAGAGGAUCGUAUUGGAAGCCGCCCCGUAGAUCUUCCCCAUCAGCUUGACUUGCACAUUGCGUUCCGGCACAUCACCCUGGUUGAUGCAAAGAGCAUCGGCCCAAAUUCUGAGGACCCGCGUGGCGUCACGCAUGUCACGCAGCGCGUCAUGUAG